CCAUGAUCCCCUCUGCUGGGGCCCUUUCUCUGCCUUUAAAACCUGCACAAGACUUCAUCGCUCUCUGCUUCGUCAUCUUCUUCUUCUUCUUCUUUGUAUUGGCGUUUGCCGGACCGUUAAGGAGAGAAUCCCCUUCCAGUCGCAGAACCAACUUCACCGGCGAAGGCCUUCUGCCUACCCAACAAGGAAAAAGUCGAAAUCUCCAUGCCGAAUCGGGACGCAACCAUGGGGUGGAAGGAAUUAGCAGAAUCGCUUCUUCUCGUGGACUUCGUCCUUGGUGUUGCUGUGUUAGACAUGCUCUGUGGGACGGGCGACCAAGAUCCUUCCUCCGUCUUGGUGGCGUUGCUUUCCUACCUUCUGCUGAUGGUGCCGAUCCAGCUCGCCUUCUUCCUCUGCCUGGCGCUUCUGUUGUUCGGCCACCGCUUACCUCAAGCCACCGCAAACGCCGUCGCGUUCACCUCAUCCUUGGCUGUAGCCUACACAGCGCUCAUGUUCCUUUUCUUCCUGGCAGGCAAAGCAGCGGGGAUUGACCUUCUUCCCUGACCUCCUCGGACCCUUUGAACAGACCCUUCCCCUCUUUUUUGUGCCGCUCUAAUCCGAAUUAAUACUCAGUCCUCUCUCUCUCUCGUUCAGAUCUCUCUCUGUCUCGUAGUACGCUGGUGUUUUACAUGUCUGCUUGAGCAAAAAUUUGUUUUGCAAUUAAAGUGGUUAUAGAGACACGGUUGCAGUUGAGACUUUAUAGUGCGAGAAUUAUUAUAAGAGAAACUUAUUACAAAUUUCA